AGCAGGUGGAGCGGCUGAGCUGGCCCCAGGGCAGGCCCAAUAUGAAUCUCAGUGUGGGUGUGGGGCAAUUUGGGUGGGAACAACCUGGAGACUACCACCUCGCCGUCCUGCGCCGGGCUGGUGGGGUGUGUGCAGAAAGAGCAGAAAUAAAUAGGAGGCUCCCUCCUCCCAGCGACUCUCAGGGAUCCGGAGGCCGCCGCCCUGGGUGUUUGCCUGCCCUGUAGCCAGGGUUCCAGUCUGAAGAGUAGUUUCGUUUCCUUCUGGCUCCAGGAUUAGUUUCCAGGCACCUCCUCGGACGCCCAGUGGCCUGGAAAAGGGACGCAGGAGGAGGCGGGAGGCUCGUCUAGGGGCUGCCCGCCCUGCAGCGCGGGUUUGAUGGACCUGACCGCCCCGGGCAGCGGCGCCGGCUCCCUGCCGCUGCUCCUGGCCCUGGGUCUAGUGAUCCUCCACUGUGUUGUGGCAGAUGGGAACUCAACCAGAAGUCCUGAGAAUGAUGGCCUUCUCUGUGGAGAUGCCAGAGAAGACUGUGCAGCUACCACCACACAAUCAAAGUGGAAUGACUACUUCUCUCCAUGCCCCAAGAAAUAUGAGCAUUACUGCAUCAAUGGGAAAUGUCGCUUCGUGGGGGCCCUGCAGACACCCUCCUGCCUCUGUGAUGAUGGCUACGCAGGGGCGAGAUGUGAGAGAGUUGACUUUUUUUACCUGAGGGGAGACACAGGACAGAUUCUGGUCAUUUGUUUGACUGCAGUUAUGGUGACAUUGAUCAUUUUGGUGAUUGGUGUCUGCACAUGCUGUCAUCCCCUUCGAAGGAAAAAGAAAGAAGAUAUGCCAAAUCUUGGUAAAGAUAUAACUCCUGUAAAUGAAGAUAUUCAAGAGACUAGUAUUGCUUAAUGUCUAUGAAGGUACCUCCAGGCUGGUCGCAAGCUACAAAAUGCCAUGCUCAACUGAAAAUGGACAGAAUGUGUCUCAGGAAAACAGCUAACAAAAUGAAUUUUAAAUAAUGUUAUUUACUUUUGUUUGUAAGAGUUUGUGUUGUUUACUAUUGUUUUAUUAUAAUAAUAAAUUUUGUUAUCAUUUAAUAAUUGGGAAAAAGUACCCAGUUAAGAAGGGAAUAUUAUUAAAAUUCCACUUAAUCCAGGAUUUGUCGCCAGGAUUGCCAGUUAAAUAAGAAAAAGAAGUAGGAAGGACUCUAGAUACUAGAUGUUGCAUUAAUAAUAAAUACAUCUGCCACUUAUCCAACACUUACCAUGUGCUGGGAGUUUGAAAUAUGUUAUUUCCUUGAAUACUUGCAAGAAUCUCUGAGAUAUCUAUUAUGAUCCUUAUUUCCCAUAUAUGGAAACAGACCCAAGGAAGUUAAAUAAUCUAACCCAGAUUUUCAGAGUUAGGAACUGGUGGAGCUGAAACUGGAUCCAAGAUUUACACCAUUCAACAUUUGUGCUCUGAACCAUCAUUUUUGCCCCUCACAGUUGGUACAACCGAACUCACUAGAUAACCCAACACUUUCCACUGAACUGUGCUUUGUCAUGACUCUGAGAUACUGGGGCUAUUUUUCUGCAGAAACUUUCUGCAGCAUUGACUUUUAUUAUGUCCCUUUGCUCCUUUAUAAAUGCUUAGAGACAUGAAUAAACUCUAGGUUAGUAAAGCAAACAGAUUUGCCCCCUAGCUAGUAGAAUGCGUAGAGCUAUGGACAGGAAGUGCCUGGCAGUCAUUAAGCCCCAGUGAAGUUCACUGAAGUAUCAACACUAGCACUGGAAGAUCUAGUUAUUCCCCAGGAUAAGGGUCAGUGGCAGCAUAGCAGAGCCCAGGCAGAAGCUGGUUGUGACUGUAUGCUUGUUUCUGUCCUUCUAACAAGCAGUACCUGUGAUUGCUCUCAGUGGAAUGUUGUUGCAAUGAAAUCCCGUGUAUACAACUAUUACCUGACACCAUCUUCCCAAAUGCUCCUUUAACUCCCUAGUAAAUUUAAUAAGGACUCUUUACAACUGAAGAAGCAAAAUCUACAUGUAACCAACAUUCCAUAGAAUAUGGAACUUUCAACACUGACAGGCUAGAUCUUUUAU